UGAAUUUUUUAUUUAUUUUUAGUAUACGUAUUCAGUGUCAUAGGUACAUCUUUGACGUUUAUAACAAACCAAUCCGUUUGAAAAUCGGUAAAAAAUUAAGCAAGUUAUGGUCAUUUAAAAGUACCUGCAUCAUUAAAACUCAAUGCUACGAGUGAGCGAGCGCCCUGUCCUAAGAUGGCCGCCAAAAUGCGGACGUUCAACUCAAUUGGCCAUCAGCGCGGACGAGCCAUCUAGCCUUUAUAUACAUAUCUAUGGAUUCCCCUCAAUUUCCUAGGCCUUGACUACCACAAAAAGCCACACUUGCAUUUUACCUCAAUGACUACAUCAAGUCAAUUCACACCCAUAGAGUGAAAGUGAUUGAGACCUUCAGUGAAGCUUCUCCUACAACAAUCCACCAAUAAAUGCUGGAGUCAAACACACAGAGAAAUCACUCCAUGUGUGACAACUGAAAUCUUCAUGACAUAAUGUUGAUGCUGGUGAAAGAGGAGCUUGAGAAGAUGACAGAUCCACAACCAUGCAGAAUAAAGGAUGAAGAUACUGAGGAACAAAUAGAUCUGAUGGAAGUGAAAGAGGAGAGUCAAGCUGAAGUGGAUGAUAAACAUCAGAUUGUAAAAAUAAACCAUAAUGUUUCACAGAAAGAAACUCUGAAGACAGAAGACAUAAAGUGUGAAAAUAGUUUCAGUGAAGAUGAACGCCCUGCAGAUCACAAGAGGACUCAUAGUGAGGAGAAACCUUUUACAUGUCUACAGUGUGGAAAGAGUUUCAGAAGAAAAGAUAACCUUAACAUACAUGUGAGGAUUCACACUGGAGAGAAACCAUUCACGUGUCAACUAUGUGGAAAGAGUUUCACCUUUCAAACGAACCUUAACCGCCACAUGAAAACUCACAGUGGGGAAAAGCCACACGCAUGCCAUCACUGUGACAAGAGUUUCAUAGAUAGAAGUCAACUUAAGAUACACAUAAGAGUUCACACUGGAGAGAAACCUUUCACGUGUCCACAGUGUGAAAAGCGUUUCAUAGAUAAACGUGGACUUGAGAUUCAUGUGAGAAGUCACACUGGAGAAAAACCUUACAUAUGCUCUCAGUGUGAAAAGAGUUUUACAUGUCAAAGUAAUCUUAGGACACACAUGAAAGUUCACACUAGAGAAGAAAUGUUCACAUGUCUUCAGUGUGAAAAGAGUUUCAUAAAUAAACGUGGACUUAAUAAUCACAUGAGAAGUCACACUAAAGAGAAACCGUUCAAAUGCCAUGAGUGUAAAAAGAGUUUCAAAACAAAAGCUUAUAUUAAAAUACAUGCAAGAUUUCACACUCAAUAGAAACCAUUCAUGUGUCAAUAGUGUGGAUAUGGCAACAAAGUUUAUAAAUCAGCUGAGGUCUUAUUAAUAAAACUGUGCGUAGGAUCCUUACUUAAAGAGCCACACAGAUCCAAAAUCGAAACUGACCUGUAUUGCAGUGUGUCAUGUAGCUGUCCAUCAAUGUAAACAACGUGUAAAGUAGUUGAACCAAAAAGUGCACGAUUAAUAAAGUUAUUGGCAUCUAAAGUAGGGAGUCGACUCUGAAUCGCUCAAAUGAGUAGUCAUAUGGAUUGAAUCUCCUGCAUGUCUUUAUCCACAUUAUAGGUAAUAACGUAAUGGUUCAGUACCCACUUUAUUUGGAACAACAUGUGUCUCCUAACCAUAACUUGUAAGUAUGAUUAUAGCUACAUACUUGCUUAAAUGAGUGUAAAAAUUUGAAUGUCUGUUGUCGUUUUUAUAACUUGGACUAAUGAUGAAUGAUGUGUAUUGAUGAUGUUGUUUAAACUCUUAAUAUACUGUCAGAGAGUCACGUUAGCAAGUGGCUAACGUAUGCUGCACUUACGGUUUUGCUAUGACCCGGUUAGUUUACAUAAAUGCUUAAAUGAGUGUAAAAUGUUAGUUUCUGUCGUCGUUUUUAUUGCUUGGAUUAAUGAUAAAUGGUGUGUAUUGAUGUUAAUAAUCUGCCACUGAUCUGUGUCAGUUGACCAAUCAGAGCAGAGUAGGCUACUGAAAGGUGGGGUUUAGGCUAGGGCUGGGUCAGAAUAUUCGAUUAUUCAAAUAUUCGUUUGGUGGGUUGUAGGCUUGUGACAAUUAAUCGGGCAAAUGCACGUUUUCUCAAUGAAUGAAUUUGAAUGAAUUACGGUGAUAUGCAACCACAUCCAAAAGCCAGAGGGCGCUCUCGUGUAGAAACACCAUUUGUGCCACAGAAGAAGAAGCAUUACUAAUGCUGCGUUCCAGGGAACCUGUAACCCGCAACUCACGACUUCAAAACCAAUACUCACCACUCUGAACUGGGAGUACAUCGAUCUAGUACGAGUUCACGGGUGGGAAGUCACGGGUUUGACCUGGCUUGCAACUGCCACCAAACCCAACAAGAAGACCGUGCUUGUGUUGGCUAGAGGCUUGACCACAUUAACGCUUAAUAACUGUCAAAUACAUUACAUUCAAGAUGCCAGUAUGUCACCAGGAGUCAGAAGGAUUACUUGUAUAUCUGCUUUUAAGUUCUCAAAGUGGCGGAUCUAUUGACUUGCAUUAAACGACAGAGCACUAUAGGGUUUUUGCUGUGCUCCUUUAUUUUUUCUACUAACGAAAAAAGUCACCAACA